AUGGUCCCCUCUAGACAGACGAGCAGUGACCGUGAAAGACUGCACCGUUUCACGGACUCGCCGGUUUUGCGCCAGACAUCUUCAUAUACUAUCACCACAGACAUGGAAGCCUGGGAGAUCCGUAGAAACGGGCCUCACGCGGUGGGACCAAAGAAUAAAUACAAGGCAUCAACAUAUCCCGGAACCGUAACUCUCGUCCGAUUUGGGAUGCGGCGUCGAGUUCUGCAAAGGGAGGGACCCGGACGGGACGUGAGCGUGACACUCGGGGAGGUUUUGACGCGGGUUGAGAGAAUAAGAACGGAACUGUCCUAG